UUUGUGAUGCUUUCGUAGGGAACGCAAAACUUCGUUCUGUUUCUGAUGAUUUUUUUUUCUUCUUCUCUUUUGUGUCUGUUCUCUCUUUCUCUCUCCGUCUUUCUAUCUCUCCCGUUCAUACUCACACAGUCACGCCGGUACCAUCAUCGCACAUAUACGGCCUUGUGUGACUGUGUACAAUAAUAACAGCAACUACGAGCGCAUAUUAUCAACCAUUUUAUAUUUUAUUUAGAAAAGUGUACACUUUUUUUUUUCUUGCUUGAUGACAACGACCACAGCGAUCGAAAAAGUUUUCUUUUUAGUUCAUGUGUAUUAUUUUUCUUUUGUUUUCCUUUUAAUUUUCGCGACAUUUUCCGUUCUGCUUUCGUAUAUUCCGAUUGAAUUUCGGAAUAGAGAGCAUUUGUUCUGAGUUUGAUUUGUUGUGUGUGCGAGACAAACAACUCGAUCGCCAAAAUAAAAACCAACCAAAAUAUACACGGGCAAGUACGUGCGAAAAGACACAUUGGGAUAAAAGAAAAACAGUAAAAACUCGUUUGUUUGCAUAAUUGCAAGUUUGUGUGUUCAAAUCCGUUUUCAAGUGGUCAAGUUGGUGUUGAGAGAAGGAUAUUGAAGCGAUUUGUAAGCAAUAAGGACUUGGGCUUAAUUUUACCAUUUAUCUGCUUCAUUCGAAUUGGAGAAACAAGCUCUUGAGAAAACAAGUAAAUUUUUUCUUGCUGUUUAACGUGUAAACAGUGUGUAUGUGCUUUUUGUGGUGAAUGUUGAAAUAGUACAAGCACUUUUUGACGUGUCGAACGUGCCAGCUCUCUCGUGUAAUUUGGGUGCUCUGCCUACACAUUGACUGGACACUGGGACCAUUCCACAUUUUCAAAAAUAUUCGAUUUCGAAUGCGACGUGGACGAAAAAUACUGUUUGCAUUUGGUGACGAUUCGGAAGAAGUCGUAAACAAGGCUUCAUCAUAGGAUCAAAACAAAGUAAUCAGACAAACGCAAUGGCAACUCGUAAAAGUCGCCAAAACACCGAGUCUCCAACACCAUCUGGAACAGAAAGUGUGCCAACAACCCCAACAACACCAGCCACACGCAAUACGCGCAGCAUACGCAACAAGCAAUUGCAACAGGGUAAAACCGAAGACACGUCGAUACAGAUCAAAACCGAAAAAAUUGACGAAGAAGAGGCUGUGAAAGAAACAAACAAUGAUGAAGAGGUCAGUACGGCAACGGCAUCUGCAACAGUAACGGCAACAGCAACAGCAACAGCAACAGCAACAGCAACAGCAACAACAACAACAGCGAUCACAUCGAAUGCCGCUAAUGAAAAAGUUGAAACAAAAGAAUCCUCAGAGCAGAAUGACAAAGAGAAAGAAACGUCGCCGCCGGCUGCAUCGACACGGAAGCGACGCAUAGCGGCUGCUAAAGAGGAAAUCAGCACGGAAAAACCGGCGCCAAGCAACGACUCGGUUAGUCCAAAUACACCCGAUGAUGGUAAAACAUCACCGACAAAAAACAAACGCUCACGCCGAAGUGCAUUCGAAUUGCUGACCGACAGCAAAUCCGAAUCAAACCCAAAUAACUUGAACAAACGACGGAAUAGCACUGGUAAAAUUGAGAAACCAACUCGCAAAAUGUCUAGUCGUAUCAAAAAUCUCAAGAAGCUGAGAAAGACACCGUUGGGCCGAGCGCUGCUCAAGAAACCGGAAAGAACUGCCGUUGCGGUCAACAAACCCAUUAAACAGUUGAUCGAGAAACAGACGACAAAAGGCGCUAAAAUUGAAAAGAGCGACAGUGCGUCUGAUUCGGAGUUGAUAAAAAUGUCACGGCGUCGAUCCGAUUCAGUUUCCAAGUGUUCCGAUAUGACAGACGCAUCAAGUUUCCACGAAACAAAGGGGUCAGUGGAGGAUUUAUUGACACAAUCGUCCGAGACAAGCGAAGGGAAAGUGGUUGUUAAGGAAGAAAUAGCGGAGAAAGAUGAAGCCCAAGAGAAUAAAGCACCGGAAAAUGAAGUCGUUGGUGGUGAUAGUGAUAAUUCACAAGUGGUCAAAACGGAGGGUGAUCAAUUGAAUGAUAGUAAACGAUCGUCACGUUUCGCACGACGAAAAAGACCAUUGACUCUGCCCAGAGUAAUGAAUACUCGUUCACGCAGCGAAACGCCAAGUAAGGCAGCUAGUGAAAAUCAGGACGAAGAUGAAGAGGAAACAGCUCCUGCGAAGGAGAUCAAAAAAGAAUCAGCCGAAUCUGUGACCGAAACUCCGCUACACAUUGACACAGCAGUCACAGCGGCCACAAAUUCCGACGAAAAGCUAUCGCCUGAAAUUGAACAAGCGGACAAAGAAAAUGCGACCGAUGACAAAGCCAAAUCGCUCAGUCCCGUUCUAGUCAGCGAGGGUGUUUCGGAAAUUAGCGUAACGCAAUUUUACGGCCGAGCCGAUUUCCUUGAAAACAAUUUGGGCAUUGAGAAAGAUCCGAAAUUGGGUGAAAUUGUUCAAAUCCAGGAGAAAAUCAAAGCGGGAAACAAAGAAAACGGUGAUAUGAAUGAGAAAAUUAGUGAAAAGAGUCCAGAAGAAAACUGUGUAAAACCCGAAGAGCCGAAGGAAACUGUUGCGGAGCCAAGUGAAUCAAAUGAGGUGGUUGAGGUCGAUACGUCAACCGAAAGUAUAGAGGUUGAUGAAAAUGCCGAUGGUGCUAAAUGUGAUGUUGCGAAUGAUGCAAAAGAUAGUGUGGAAUCUUUUGUUAAACCGAUCGAAACCGUUCGGCGAGAUAGCGCAACCAUUCUCAACGAAAAUUUGCUAGUUUUGAAUGGUGAAAUCGAACUGACGUCGACUAAAGAAAAGAAAGAAGUGGUCAAAAAUGUUGAUGAAGACGUUGGCGAAGUCGUCCUGUACAAAAUAUCGAAUGGAAUGCGUGUAAAUCCGGAGAAAUUGGAAAAAGUUCUUGAGAGUCAGAAGCUAAAGGAAAAGGAACGAAGUGAUAGUAUUGAAUGUGUUGAGCAUGAGGCGAAAAGCAAUAAUGAGCCGAAGAGUGCAGAUAAAAAAGACACACAGCCGGUUGAUGAUUCCACGAAAGUGGCUAAAGACGAAAAAAAGGUGAAACUUGAUGAACCCGUUCGAUCGAAUAGCAUCGAGACCAAAGCGACUUCGGAUAGUGAUACGAUCAAAGCCAAUUUGAUUAAACCAGCUGCAGUUCGGAGUAACUGCAGCAGCAAAGAUAGUCGAUCAAGUAGUCUUGAUGACGAAUCUCCCGAAGAACGAAUUCAAAAGGAAUCACAUUUAAAAACGCUCGGCCUAUUAACCCAUCAAGCAGCUGAAGAAGCCACAAUCGAAAAGCAAAAGCAACGCGAAAAGAUAAAGGCCAGCAAAGGGAAGAAAAAUUCCGAAUACACUGGAACAUUGAAGACAGUCAUCAAAUUGCAUCGCGGUACUAAUGAUAAGAAGAAGGGUAAUCAAUCGCUGAAAAUGACUUUGCAUAAGGGAAGAGCCAAAAAUGGUUCCGACAAAAGUGACACACAUUCGACAGCCAACUCUGAAGAGGACACGUAUUACACCAUUCAACAACAAGACAUCGAUGGCAUUGAUCACGAAGCUGACGAAGCAGCCGCCAAAGAACACGAGAAACUAUUGGUCAUCCCUGAGAAGGCCUCAUCAUUCCGGUAUCACCCAGAGAAAAUCUGCGAAGAUCAAUGCUUCUACUGUGGUGGUAAAUUUGGAUUAUUUGACACACCUUGUCACAUUGCUCAGAUCAAAUCGGCCGAACGUCAAAAGAAAAUUUUGGAAUACGAGGAAAAGUUGACGGUUGACAGUUGUUUGUGUGAUGCUUGUUUCCGGCAUGUGGAUCGUCGCGCCAAUUGCCCCUCAUACAAGAAACGACUCUCCAAACCGCCUAAAACAAAUGAAUCGAAUGCAACCGGCGGCGACGAUUCAGAAGACAAAGAUGCAGAGGCGCUCUUAUUCCAAAGCUGUAGAGAGGUUAUCUUCUGCCAGGUUCAUGACUGUAAGGAACAGGCAUCGCAAUCGGUGUGCCGUAAAUGGGCGCUCAAGAUGCGUAAGACUCUGAACAAAUACAUCCAACUUAACUGCGACAACACGACUUCAAUGGCAUUUUUGCCAAUUUGUGAUAAACACUACGAGGAUAUCAAUCAUUUGAUGAUUUGCUUGCUGUGCAAUCGCCGUCUCACGCGAAACCACUGCUACUUCGUUCCACAGGAUGCAAACAAAGUCGAAACACUCGUUGCCAACGAAGGAAUUCAACUACCUAUUCGGACAACGUUCGUUGCAUGCAAAAUGUGCCGAUUAUUUGUGAAUGUACUGAUGCGACCGCAGGACGCAAAGAAGGCUGAAUUUGUUCGGGAUUACCGCAAACGGCUUUUGGAGCAUCAUGGAAAGGUGGACUUGGUUGAAGAGGAUUCGGAAGACAGUGCAAACCACGAACCGGCAUCAAAACGUUCAAAACGUAAUCGUAGAUCGUUAAAUGAGCAUUCGGAUUGUGGUUCAUCGAAAUCUUCACGGUCGAACGAUAUAUCGAUGGAUGCAAAUCAAGAUUCAAUGAACAAUACCUCGACACGAACUCGCCAAAAGAAUAAACAACUUACACAGCAGCAGCUAUUAGAAGAGCAGCAGCGUGUGGAGAAACGCGUACAGCACGAACAAAUGAAAUUGAAACAACAGGAAAUAUUGCAACAUCAGAAGGUGCAGGAUGAUUUACGCCAACAUCAACUGCGUUCAAGCAGCGAAGACAUAUCCAAUUUGCGAACAAACCCAAACAUAUCGAUGCGCGAGCUAUUCCCAGGCGAAGAGGAAUUGGGACUGCACGUAAACUUACCGUUUGCAAAUAGCUGGCGAACACCGGACGGAUGGACAAAGGUCACAUCGACUGUUCAGUACGAUGAACCGACCAAAAAAUUGUGGGAAGAGCUCGAAAAACCAUACGGAAAUCAGUCGAGCUUUUUGCGCCACUUGCUUUUGUUGGAGAAGUAUUUCCGAAGUGGUGAUCUUUUGCUGACACCAAAUGCCAACCACAACGCAAUCACCUAUGCUGAAUCGGUACAACAUCGUCUGCAAGCAUUCGACAACAUCCCAGCACGUGCGGUCAGUAUUACACAGAUUCUGCCACAAAAUACAACGACGCAGACAAUCGCGGCCGAUUUGGUGAAUGCAAAAUCCGUUACGACAGCCAAUAAAGCGGUUACUAUUUCCAAAGUGAGUGCUCCACCAAAACCGCCACCCGCUCUGAGCAUAACCGCCAAUCCAAAACCGAACACAAGUGACAGUGCAUCGAAUAGCUUGCUCAAAUCGAAUGUGGCACAAUUACCGAAAAUGCGAAGCUACACAGUAACUACUGAGCCGAUAAAUGGUGAAAAAACGGAUUCUCCAAAAGUAAACAGUUCAUCAAAUAGCGGCAGUAAUACAAGCACACCAAAGAACAAGAAUCCAGGACUGCCGCCGGAAUUGAUUUGCAUCACAACACCGCCGAACGACAAACAUGGAGCCAACUCUGUUCCUCCAUCGUAUCAACUUCAAAUGCAGCUAACGCUGCAACAGCAAAUUCAGCAACAACAUCAAAACUCAUUGUUACUCUCACAGCAAACUAAGCAGUUGCUUCAAAACAUGGUUCCGCAACCAAUGGUUUCGAAUGUUUCAAAUCAAGUUAGUUCGCCGAAAAAACAAACAUCCACCACGACCAACACCACCACCACCACAGCCACGACGAACAGCAUAAACACAAAUAAAUCACCGAAUCAGAAUAGUACAUCGAUGUGCAAGGGAAAUGUGAUUCGUUUGCCGGAUACAUUGACCGAUGCAGAACGACGCGAGAGCAAAAACUGGCGUCCAACAUUGAUUGCAAUCACAUCGGAGAAUCGGAAUAGCACCGAUGGACAACUUUAUCAAACGGUGGACGGACGCAAAUUGCCUCAUUUGGUGCAAGUUUUAUCGAAAGGUAAACCCUAUAUGAUUUCCAUUCAUGACUACAAUCGAUUGUGCAUUUUUCAUCGUGAGAAGCUACUCAAAGAGCAGCAAUCGGAAAUAUUGAAAAAUAAGAGCCCAUCAAGUGGCACCACAUCUCAGACUGUUUCACCUGCAUCUCAACGAACAACCACCACUACCACAACAACAUCAUCUGCCAAUGCUGCAAGUUCGAGUGCGAGUAUCGUAAAUCAAAAGACGGUGAUCGAUGUGGAUAAAUUGAUAAGACCACAGAAUCAUUCUAGCAAUGGUCAAUCGGCCAGCAAAGUUCAUGUACCAAACAAAAUUCUCGAACAAAACUCAUUGAUUCCGUUAGGUAGCAAGUCCAGUGAGAGUUCCAAAUCAACUGACUCUCUGCUCCGAUUUCGUUUACCGAUCAAAAAUAAAUCGUCGCUGCUGAAGUCAAGUGUCGUUCCAUCGAGUCAACCAAAGUCUGUAGUUGCAGCGCAGCAUUUAGUUCCAUCAAAUACAAAUGUGACAGCGACUGUUAUGGCACAAAACUCACUGCCGAAGCUACCAACACCGCUAACAAAUGCAUUAUCCCAAUCGGGAAUUGUUUCGAUUACAUCAACUCCAUCGAUAUCGGCCAUACUUGGCUUGACACAAGCGUCAACGCCACCGCCAAUUCAAAUUUCAUCAAUCAUCCCGAAUCAAACGCCACCAAUUACCAUCACCAACGUUACAUCCGGAAAUCUAGGCAAUUUGACGAGUCAAUCGAAUGUUUCGUCACUAGAAGCUCUAUUCCGCACCACAAACCAGGUGACAACAACACCAAGCACAAUGCUAAUGCAAUGGGCUGAACAACUUAACAAAAGUAACAGCAUCACUCCGAUUGACAAUUCGGCAUCAUCGAUCCUAUCGAAAAUCCCAAAAUCGCUAACAGUUAUACCACAGCAGAAGUAUAGGGGAGGCGACGAGUGAACACAAUAAUUAUAAUAUAUGCAGAGCGUCUCGAUUUUCAUUUCCACAACUCUAUAACGUAUACAAUUGGAAUUUAGUGCCUAAAAUGUGUACCGAAAUCAUAAUCAUCUACAAUUGUGAUUGUGUCUCCAAAGCUAAAGCAUUCAACAUGAAAGAAAUAUAGCCGAAAAUAAAGCUUGAAAAUCAACAUUCUUUUUUCAAAGAACACUUCUAACUGAGACAAAACAGAUGAAACAAAGAAACAAGUGAAUUUAUCGGAACAUUUAUUUUUGUAUAUAUUAUUGGCACUAGCCUUAAGAUUUUACACGUAAACUUAAGCAAAACUUGACUAUUAGGCAUAGAACAAAUUCCUUUUUUCUACAUUGGAAGCAGUGAACUGUGCUUCUUUAUGCACGCGAAACUAGAAAUGUUACACUUUGAUGAAAAAAACAAAAAAUUAAAUAUAUUUUCACAUAAAACACAUACGUUCAUUCAAAACAGAAAUAUUUAUCGUAAAUAUCAAUACAAAAAUAACAACAACAACGUCAAACUGAAGAUCAUUGAAAUUGCAAAACGAGCAACAAAACAGAUCGAAUAUUUGUUUCAGAAAAACUCAACCUAUUUUAUAAGCGAAUCUACACCCCAUCCCAGAAAUUGUUAUCAUUGGAUUUGCUAGUGAAGCAAACUAUUUUAGUUUUCUAGGAGUAGCUUUAGUAUUCCAUACAUUCGACUCUUCCCCAGCUCAAUAUUCAUCUCAAAGAAUAAAAAGAAUCCAUGCAAAAACAAA